AUGUGUAACUGUAAGGGACAACACAUAAUCGUUAGAAAAGCAAAAGAGAGACGGUGUAUGGCGCGAGCAUUAUACGACAACAUAGCAGAGUCACCUGACGAACUGGCAUUCCGACGAGGCGACCUUCUCACCGUGCUGGAGCAGAAUACUGGUGGCAGCGAGGGCUGGUGGCUGUGCUCCCUUCGAGGUCGACAGGGAAUAUGCCCCGGCAACCGGUUGCGGAUCGUGGCAGGCGUGUUCGAUGCCAGCACGGCUAUGCAUCGGCGACGCACUCGCACUCCUGCACCCGUUGCCCACCAGCCCAUGCCUGCGCAGCAGUCACCCGCUUUUACAAAAAUCGAAGAAUGUUCUCAUUACGACGUGCCCCGUGCACCUCUUCCCGUCACUCGGGGUACAUACGACUGUCCCCGACCCAUUGGCGAUUGGUACGACGCGCCACGAGCACCUCGACCCGCCAGCGCCGAUUCGGCGUGCAGUGGCACGGGCUCACUAACCUCAGCCCCCUCCAGCGCUUCCGCGAAUUCUGCAGGCUCGGCGCAUUCCACCGCUUCUGCUGCGUCCGCCGCCUCUGCCUCUAGUACGUACGACGUGCCACGUUCCCGAGCUCUACCUCUACCGUGCGACGCGGCAUUAGAAGCCUUGGAGAGAUUACAGGAGGAGGCGUCGGCGGCGGUGUCGCGGUUGCUGUCGCACGUGACGCCGGGCUGGCGGCGGCGCGGCGCGCUGCGGGCGCGCGUGCUGGACGUGCGCGUGGCCGGCGCCCGCCUGCGCGCCGCGCUGCACGACCUCGCCGUCUUCGCGGACGCCACGCUCGCCAACGCACACGAUGCACAAGACAAAGGUAUCGCAGUAAAGCUGCGUCCGCUGGUGAAGGCGCUAAAGGACGCGGAGCGCAUCACGCACGAAGCGACGAGUGCGCUAGAUGCGGGCGACUGGGCGCCCGAGCGCCUGGAGCGCGAUCGCGAGCCUACCGACGGCUCACAGGACGCUCUCGACCAGCUGGUGGCCUGCGCGCGCUCACUCACUGAAGACGUGCGCCGCGCCGCUUCAUUCAUUCACGGGAAUGCGUCGCUGCUAUUUAGGCGGUCGGCGGCUGGGCACGAAUGGACGGAGGAGUACGACUACGUGCGGCUGGAGUCACGCGCGGCGACGGGGCGUCGCAAUGCGGAGAUCCGCGCCGCGCUGCCCGACAAACUACGUGCCUCCUUCGACGCGCUCGUGCGCGACGCUGACCACGCCGGGGAGGUUAGCGCAGUUGCGGCGGCAACUGUACUCCCGCCAGAUGACCGACAACUGGCAGCAUUCUACGCAGCACAAACUGCUACGUACGGCGCCCACUUGGCCACGGCGGUGGAGGCCUUCCUUAGAACCAUCGAAAUGGGGCAGCCGCCCGAUGUGUUCCUUGCUCACGGAAAAUUUGUUGUAUUAAGCGCACAUAGGAUAGUUCACGUUGGAGAUACAGUGCACAGGAGCGCCCAACACGCCAGCUUAAAGUCCAAAGCGUUGCGCUGUUCAGACGCGUUGUCGGACGCGCUGGCCGUGACGGUCGCGAAAACGAAGGCGGCCGCGCAGCAGUUCCCGUGCGCGAGCGCUGUAGCGGAGAUGGCGGAGGCGGCGCGGACGCUGGCGGCGCGCGCGCACGAGCUGCGGCGAGCGCUCGUGCGCGCCGCCGAGCCGCCGCCCGCGCGCUCCGCCAGCCCUACCACGCCCGUGCCCGCCUCCGCCCCCGCCACUCCGCUCACACCCCUCGCCUCCGCGCUGCCCGCACUCCACAUAUAG